AUGGCGAAGCUUGGUUCUCUUCCUUCGAGCUCCGGCUCUCUGCUGCUCCUCGUCCUCGUCGCCUUCCUCGCGGUCGUUGAGCGGGCGGCAGCCAAAACAGUCACCUACGACUUCAAUGUGACAUGGGUCACCGCGAACCCCGAUGGGUUGCAGGAGCGCAAGGUCGUUGGCAUCAACGGCCAAUGGCCCCUCCCCGUCAUCGAAGUCGACAAGGGUGACCGCCUUGUUGUCAACAUGUACAAUGGUCUGGGCGACAAGAAUACCACCAUCCAUUUCCACGGCAUGUUCCAGAACACGACCAACAACAUGGAUGGGCCUUCGAUGGUCACCCAGUGUCCUAUCCCUCCGGGCUACAGCUUCACCUACAACUUCACAGUCAACCAGAACGGCACCUACUGGUACCACUGUCACACCGACUUCUGUUACCCGGACGGGUACCGCCAGGCCAUGAUUGUCCACGACAAGGAUGCCUACUUCAACGACGACUACGAUGAAGAAAUGGUCGUCACCAUCAGCGACUGGUACCACGACCUGGUGGAGGACAUUCAGUUCUUGUCCCUAUACAACCCCACUGGUGCCGAACCAGUCCCCAACGCAUUCCUCCUCAAUGAGACGCAGCACUCGGCCAUAUCGGUCAAACCGAACACGACUUAUCUGAUUCGAUUAAUCAACAUCGGCGGGUUCGUCGCCCAGUACUUUUACAUUGAGGACCACAAGUUCAAGAUUGUCGAGAUUGACGGCGUCUAUGUCGAACCUACCGAGGCCGAGGUGCUCUACCUCUCGGUCGCGCAGCGAUACUCGAUCCUGCUCACCACCAAGAACAGCACUGACAAGAACUAUCCGAUUGUCACUGUGGCCGACUCGGAUCUUCUCGACGUGAUCGAGCCCUCACUCCAGCUCAACAACACCAAUUGGUUGGAGUACAACGCUAGCGCUGUCCACCCCGAGGCUGUCAUGACUGUCGACAGCUCCAGGGACCUGGUCCCCUUCGACGACAUCAGUCUCAUCCCUCAUGACCGGAUGGAGCUGCUACCGGAGCCGGAUUACGAGGUCAAUGUCACGGUGACGAUGAACAACCUCCGGGACGGACAUGGCUACGCAUUUAUGAAUGACAUCUCGUACACCGCGCCCAAAGUGCCUACCCUGUACACAGUCAUGUCUGCUGGGGAAAUGGCCACCAAUUCGGAGAUCUACGGCGAAUUCACGCAUUCGGUGAUCCUGAAGAAGAACGACGUGGUGCAACUGGUGCUCAACAACGCCGAUACCGGUUCCCACCCAUUCCAUCUUCACGGACACCAAUUCCAGGUCAUUGAUCGCGCUCCGCCGUACGGGCCGCACUUCUAUGACUACGCCGACGGCGACCCACUGCCCUUCGACCCAUCUAACCAUACGGCUUUCCCGGCCAUCCCAGCGCGUCGAGACACCUUUGUGGUUCCCCCUCAAGGUUACUUCGUCAUCCGCUUUGUCGCCGACAACCCGGGCGUCUGGAUGUUCCACUGUCACAUUGACUGGCAUUUGGCCCAGGGUCUGGCAAUGCUGCUGAUCACGGCCCCGGACGAAAUUCAAAAAACCACCCAGAUUCCGCAACAGCAUUACGACGUGUGCCAGGCGGCAGGCAUUCCGUAUAAGGGCAAUGCCGCCGCCAACGUGGAAGAUCUGACCGACCUCGACGGGGAACCCAAGCAGCUUCCUUUCCUGCCAUCUGGGUUCACUGCGCGCGGAAUUGUCGCCCUGGUGUUUUCCUGUAUCAGUGCCUUUGUGGGCAUGGCAUUCAUCGUCGUCUAUGGCCUCUCCAGCCCGGCGGUUGAUGAUAAGAAGCACGGCCUCGACGGCAACGACGACGCUUCUUCGUCUGUUCCUACCGGCUCGGCUUCAGGUCCUACUACCACUGGAGUGCAACAUACUAUAGAACCAUAUCACGACUAA